AUGGCCACCAAGUUUGCGUCGGCGCCCACGGCGGCCGCCCCUUCCAACUCCCACCCACCCCUCCUCCAGCCCAUCGUCUUCUGCGGCCACGGCAACAACCUCUACCCGCUCUGCUCCUCGCCCACCUCGGCAGACAACCUCGACUCGCUCAACGAUGCUCCCUCCACCAACGCCCUGCCAAAGGCCCUGCUGCCCAUCCUUAACAGGCCCAUGAUCGCCUACCCGCUUCAGCAGAUCCUCUCGGCAGGUCUCCGACACGCCAUCAUCCUCGCGCCCUCCGAACAGCACCACCAGAUCGCAGCAGCACUCAAGACUGUCAUCCUCGUCCCUCCUGUAGCCGUCGCCCAGGGUAAAAAGUCGUCGGCCGCAGCGGCGGCGGCUGCCGUCCACGAGGCCUCCAAGCACCCCAACCUUUCGGUCACCGUCGGCCUCUCGAGCGCAGCCCCCACCUCGAGCUCGACCAUCACCGGCACUUACCUCGCAGGCGCCACCAUCCCCUCCGUGCCCGCAACGGUCGCUUCGUCGUCGUCGUUGGCGGCCGACUCGGCCGUCAUGAAGAUCGACCUGCUACCCCUCGGCCCCGACGACGUCGCCCCCGGCAAGAGCGCCGAUGCCGGCCUCGCUGGCCCGGCCUCGGGUGCCAAGCGUGCGAGGAAGCUGGGAACCGCUCCCCUUCUCAGCUGGCUUCACAGCAUCGGACGCCUCACUCGAGACCCGCUCAUCGUGCCCAUCGACUUUAUCGGCCAGGGCGUCUCGCUCACCACCCUCAUCAACAGCCACGUCGCCGGCGUGCCAGAGUCGCCCGCCAUGACCACCCUCAUGUACGAGCGCGGCGCAGGCGAGGGCACCGGCAAGGAGCGCGAAAAGGACGGUCCUCCGAAGCUCUUCACCAUCUACGACCGCUCUCCGCUCGCCUCUUCGUCGCCAUCGCCUUCUGGCUCGAGCCAUUCGCUCCAUCGGCUGCUUCUGCUGCAGGACUCGGACGACAUCUCCGACCUCGACUCGUCCGACCUCCACGUCCGCAUGUCGCUGCUCUGGUCGCACCCGCACAUCCGCAUCUCGACCUCGCUGCUCGACAGCCACAUCUACAUCUUCAACCUCGCCAAGCUCGUCAGCCUGCUCCAGUCCAAGGAAGGGCAGCGCAUGAAGAGCCUCAAGGAGGAGGUGGUCCCGUUCAUCGCCAAGUGCAGCUGGAUGAAGGGCCUGCGCGAAAAGGCCGGCUGGUACUCGAGCCCGGGCGGAGGCGCCGACGAUGCGAGCCGCAGCGGGUCGCUGGUUCCCGGACAGUUGGGCGGCCGCUCCCUCGGCGGCGCCGGCCCCGGCAACGGCGUCGGUGCUGGCGGCGCCACGUCCUACGUGCCUUGGACGAUGCAGGCGUCGCGCGAAGAGAAUGGAGGCGUGCGCCGCUCGACCACGUACGUUGAGCCUGAACUGCUCGACGGUCGUGCGGUGCAGGCCAAACUCGAUCUGACCAGCUCCCAGGGUGCUGACGGCCUGGCUCACUCGGCUGGCCGCGGGCCGCUGGCGGGCAGUCGCUUAGGCGGCGACCAGAUGCGAUCAUCGCCCCUGUUCACGCCCGAGCUCUCGCGCGCGCCCUCGCCGAGGUCGCGCGAGGCGAUGUUGCGCAGCUUCACGCCCGUCGACCCGGCCUCGCCCUCGACUGAGCUCACCCGGCCCGACCUGGGCCACGUGGGCGACGCCGUGGGCAAGAAGCUCGACCACUCGCAAAAGGCGCAGCUCAAGGCCCAGGCGCGCCGCUCCGCCGCCGAGGUGCGGACCGUGACGCUGAUCGUGCGCCUCGCGCGCGAGCAUCGGCAUCCGAUCGACCCGAGCCUCACGAUCGACGAGGUGCGGCAGAGGGAGGGGGAGGAGGACGCGGCGAGGCGGCAGAGCCUCGGUGCCUCUGCGGCGGCGCCCGAAAAAUUUGUGGCGCGCGCCAACACGGUGCCGACGUACAUGGAGUGCAACCGCUACCUGUUGCGCUCGCUCGCCGCCUCGGCUUCGAGUGGCGGGGGCGGCGGAGGCGGUGGAGGCGGCGGCAGCAGCACUCAGGGUGGCGCUACGGUGUCUUCGGUGGCAUUGCUGCAAGACACGCUGCCACACCCACUACCCUCGCAAGCCGCGUCCGCUGCUCCGUCGUCGUCGAUGUCGCUGGUCGCAGGCGGAGGUGCGCAGAUGGUGAUGCCCUCGAGCGCCUCGGACGCCGGGUCGACGGGCACCUCUGCGGUCGCUUCUGCUUCGGGAGGGGCGGGCGGCGAGGUGCAGCUGAUUGACCCCAAGGCGCAGGUGUCGACCGACUCGGUCGUCGCCGAGCACACGCGCAUCGGCGAGCGCGCCAUGAUCAAGCGCAGCGUCGUGGGCAAGGGCUGCGUCGUGGCCAAAAACGCAAAGGUCACCGGCUGCAUCAUCAUGGACGGCGUCCGCGUGGGAGAAAACGUCAAACUGGAAAACUGCAUCCUCUGCCCAGGGUCGGUCAUCGAGGACCGCGCCAACCUCAAAGACUGCGACGUCGCCGCUGGCGUCCGCGUCUCGAGCGGCACCAACUCGAAGAACGAAAAGUUUGACGAGUAG